CCGGGCGGCCAUGGAGCACAUCAGCACCCCGAAGGUGGAAAACGUGAAGUUGCUGGAUCGCUACGCCAACAGGAAGGCAGCGAGCGGGACCUUGUACCUGACAGCCACACACCUGAUCUACGUGGAGGCCUCUGCUGAAGUCAGGAAGGAAACAUGGAUCCUGCACCACCACAUCUCCAGCGUGGAGAAGCUGCCCCUGACCACGGCUGGGUACCCCCUGCUCAUCCACUGCAAGAACUUCCACGUGGCUCACUUUGUGAUUGGGCAGGAGAGGGACUGCCAAGACGUGUUCACCUCCCUGCUCAAACUCUCCCAGCCAGUGAAACCUGAAGAACUUUAUGCUUUCUCUUACAAUCCUAAAAUGUCCAAAGAGAACCGGGAAAUGGGAUGGAAACUGAUUGAUUUGAGACUGGAUUACCAGCGCAUGGGAAUUCCCAACGACUCCUGGGAAAUAACAGAUAUUAAUAAGGACUAUGAGGUUUGCAGCACAUACCCUCCUGAGAUCGUGGUGCCUCGAGCUGCCACCAAGGCCGUGGUGAUGGGAAGUUCAAGGUUCAGGAGCCGAGGGCGGAUUCCGGUGCUUUCUUACUUAUACAAGGAAAACAAUGCUGCCCUGUGCCGCUGCAGCCAGCCCCUGGCCGGGUUCAGCGCGCGCUGCCUGGAGGACGAGCAGAUGCUCCAGGCCAUCCGAGAGGCCAACCCCGGCUGCCCCUUCAUGUAUGUUGUAGACACGAGGCCAAAGCUGAAUGCCAUGGCCAACAGAGCUGCUGGGAAGGGCUAUGAGAAUGAAGAUAAUUAUGAAAACAUUCGUUUUAAAUUCAUUGGCAUCGAGAACAUCCAUGUGAUGAGGAGCAGCCUGCAGAAACUGCUGGAAGUGUGUGAGAUGAAGUCCCCCUCCAUGAGCGAUUUCCUGACGGGGCUGGAGAACUCGGGCUGGCUGCGGCACAUCAAGGCUGUGAUGGAUGCAGGUGUCUUCCUGGCCAAGGCUGUGAGGGAGGAGAGGGCCAGCGUGCUGGUGCACUGCUCCGACGGCUGGGACCGCACGGCCCAGGUCUGCUCCCUGGCCAGCCUUCUCCUGGACCCCUUCUACAGGACCUUCAAAGGCUUCAUGGUCCUGAUAGAAAAGGAGUGGAUUGCAAUGGGCCACAAGUUCUCACACAGGUGUGGCCACCUGGAUGGGGACCCCAAAGAGGUGUCCCCUGUGUUCACUCAGUUUGUGGAGUGUGUGUGGCAGCUGAUGCAGCAGUUCCCCUGCUCCUUCGAGUUCAGCGAGCGCUUCCUGCUGGAGAUCCACGACCACGUUUAUUCCUGCCAGUUUGGCAACUUCCUGGGCACCUGCCACAAGGAGAGGGAGGAGCUCAGAAUCUUUGAGAAGACCCAUUCCCUGUGGCCUUUCCUCUUACAGAGGAAGCAGGAGUUGAGAAAUCCUUUGUACAGAGGGUUUACAGCUUACAAAGAGCUUCAACCAAACACUCUACCUUUCAGUUUCCAGUUCUGGUGUGGGAUGUACAACCGCUUUGACAAGGGCAUGCACCCCAAGCAGUGUGUGCUGGAUCAGCUGCUGAGCUGCAUCAGCCAGAAGGUGACACUGGAGGACAGCGCAUCCCAGCUGGAAAACAAACUCCCUAUCCUCGAUGGCCCCUUGCCCAGCAAAGGCUGCACCUCACCCGAGGCAGGAGCUGCUGCUGCCAAAGCCCCAACUCCUCCCCAGGACUGUGCAGGGGGAGCAGCCCCUGUGCUGAGCAAUGGCCCCUCCCUGGGGCAGCAGAAACACAAGGAGAGCCCAGCCCAGCCCCAGGAUCUCGGAGCCUCCCGGGAGGAUGGGCAGGCUCAGCACCAGGGAUGAGCUGUGGGAGCUGCUGGGAGAAGCUCUGGGGAGCUGCUGCAGCCCCCAUUUGCAGCUGAGUGUGAGUAGGGGUGUGCAGGGCUGGGGGAGCAGCUGCUGGGGGACACCUCCUGCAGCUCAGGUGAUGCAGAGCUGCCAGGAGCCUGCCUGGCAUUCCUGGGAGCUUGGCUUUCAGUGGGAACACGUGCAUUUCUGAGGGUCAGGGCUGCCUGCCAGCACUGCUGUUUGAGGCUGGAAGAAAUCAUGCCAAUUCCAUGAGGAGCUGGGCAGUAACUGCAGGAGGAAGGAUGCAAAUCCCUCUGUUCUCAGUGGUGGUCCAAGGUCAUCUUAGACCAAGAAAGAAUUUCAGUCCGUCUUCAAAUGAUAAAAAACCCCCCAACCUUUCUUAGCUGUGAAUGAAUCUCUGCAUGGACCCUUGCCUUGUAGCAGAAGUGAUUCAUGUUUUGUUUCCUAUGCAUAUUUGUUACACAGAACCAAACCCCCCGUGCCUUCUCUGAGACUGUGUCCGUGUCCAGCCAGGCCAUUGCUGGUUUUGUGUUGGAGUUUGCAGUGUGGUGUUGGGUCCUGUCUGUGCUCAGUGUUUGUCAGGAGGUUUUCUUCUGCUGCAGCUUCUCCAGGGUUUUUUGCUGUUCCCCUGAGUUCAGCAGCUUCUUUCCAAGCUGAGCUCUUGAGGAAUCAGCUUUUCUGCACCUCCUUUGUUGAUGGCAGUGCAGCAAGGCCCAGAGCCAGCCUGUAACACAUGGAUUUGUGACAGGAGGGAGGAUUGGAAAUGAGGAAACACAGGAGAACAUUUAUGUGGAAUUUUUCUCUCUUAUUUUAUGAUCUUGGUUAAAUUGAAGUGAGUUAACUCUGACGAGAGUUCCAAGGUGGAAUCAUUGAUGAGGCAGCAAUUACAGAUGGAUAACAGAUGGGCUAUGUUCUGCUAUUGAAAUGGGGCCUAAAAUGAUGAAAUCACUUGCUGGUUCUUGGGAAUGUUCAAGUUCCAGGAACUUUAGGGAUGUUUUGUGUGUCUCAUGAGCAGUAUCUCUCAUGGUAGUGAACUUAGGAAGAAUCAGAAGAAAUGAGGACUUCUCUCCCCAGGGGUUGGGUGUCACAAAUGAGUGCUUGAAGGUCACCCAAAGAAUCCUUGGGAGAGGCAUCAGCAAGAAACAGGUUUGAUAUAAAAAAGUGUGACUGAAUUAAUUGGCAAGGUUCACUCUGUUACUUAUUAAAUGGUUAAAGCACAUAGAGAAAAACUAAAAUAGAAAAUCAAGCAACAAACUAAAAUCAUCCACCGUGGAGGCUGGGGCUGGAAAAGGGUCAGGAUGAAAGGGAGUGAGGGAGGUUCUCCUGUUGAGUCACGAGGUUCAGAGUGGAGCAUCCUGCCAGGCUGAGCCCUGCAAUUAUCAGCAGUUCAGGCCUUAAAGGUUUCCUGGCAUCGGAGGAUCAGGAGCAGAACUCAGCAGCAGUUUGAGAAUCAGCAGGUAAGGAAUUGAACAAGGGGUUUAUGUAGAAUUUCCUACAAGCACAACAGGAGCUCCUUAGAGGCUGGACUCACAAAUCCAGAGUACUCCAUAAUCCAGGAGAGCAGCAUUCCCAGUGCUUCGGCUCUGGCACAGCCCCAGGGACCAGGACCAGGUCCAGGUGUAUCCCUGGGAAAAAUCCCCUUUGAUUUCCCUGCUAUAGAGAGUUGUUUUUAUCUGAGUCCCUUCCCAGCCUGGCUGCAAUUUGGGUCAAUAUCUUCAUUUGAAAGAACAAAAAUGUUCCACUUGGGUUGUUACUCAGGCGAGAAAAAUCCGAUUCCAGGAUUAAACGCAGGAGUUUGUGCUCCAGCCCUGGGAGCAGCCAGUGUUCCUGAUAAGCUCAGGGUGCUGCUUAUCAAAGCCUGAGGACAUUUCUGAGAUUGUGGUGUGGCCUUGGGGGCUUGGAGGAUUCACCCCCCUCGGGAAAGCUGUGCCACUGUCCUUGUUCUGUGCUGAAUUGCACAGAAACUCCCUGUGCAGCUUUAUCCAGGAUGCUGCUCUGCUCCCUUUUCAAGCUGUUCUUUCAGUUAGGUGCUGCCAUCAAGUUUUCAAAUCAGUUUUUAUGUUUUAUAAAAAAUUUGGAAGCCAAAUGAAAAUGUUUAAGCCUUCUCAAUCUCCAGUGAAAGCAGAACCAUUCCAUUAUAACACCAGAAAGUGCAGUAACUGUGUUCGUGUGCUUUUAACCCACAGUGAAAUCACUGGGUAGAUCCAGUGUCCAAAAACCAGCCAGAACCUCCCUGAGUGGCUCGUUCUGAGUAAGAAAAUACCUAUUUUAUAAAGCACAUGAAAGAUCCAGGGAAGAAGAGAGCAUAGAGCACUGCCUGGAAUGGCAAAGAGGAAGUUUUUUAAUACUGAGGGUUUGUCAGACUUAAGCAAAGUUGCCAAGAAGGAGCUACAAGAGUGCUUGAUUAAAAAUUAAACCCUGGAAAUACUGAGCCAGGUGUGAGUGAUGGAUCAGCCUUGUCUUUCUGUAAUGGGCAACAUCCACUCCCAAAUCUGAGAGAAAAUGGGACAGGAAGCCAAGACAGGCACAUUUUAGGACCAGUUAUUCUGUGGAUCAUCAGUUCAUUGAGUAUCUUUCAUAAUUAUCAUUAGAGAUCCCAAACUGCAGAGGAUUUUGAUUGACUGCUGAAGGACUUAACGAUACCACUGGUUAAUUAUUGUACAAAUCCAGCUUGCAGAAGGCUCCUGGAAAUGUUUGUAUGUUGCUUUGCCUUUGGAAUUGCCAUUGGAGGAGUUUAAUAAUCUUUCCUCAUUCCUAAAAAACGAUACCUCCACAAAACUCCAGUGUUACUCCAAGUGUGUACAACCACCACCAGGUUACUCAGUGUUGUAAGCUUGGAGUAAUUUUGCUGCUUUUAACUCCAGUGGCAAAACAGAACCAAACCCAAAAAUUAAUGUCUUUUAAAGCUCUUGGAUUUUGUGUGUACAGGCUCAGGCAAAGUGGUGUACUAAAAGCUUUUCAUGCUGAUGCUGGAAUUUAGGAGCUGGAGAAGAUUCCAGGGUUUCCUCUCUCUCCACGAGCUCAUGGUGUGAAAGGCAGUGAAUGAGAAGCUGUGUGGGGCUGUGGGAGAGCAGAGGUGAGGAGCUGUUCAGAGCCCUGUCCUGAGCUCAGC